AUGUCGAGUCACUACCGAAAUAUGUCUCCCAGUCGAGGCCGACACUCCAUGAUUGAUCCCAUGAGAGCUUCAACCGGCAUGGUACAAUUAAACUCAUCCUACGAUCCUUAUGAUGCGCCCAGGCGCUACGAUUACGAAGACUAUCCGUCCGAUACAGGAUACGCUAGUGCUUUCGGGUACCGCUCAGGGCGACCAUCGAAACUCGAAGCCCACCAAAUAUCCUCCCAUCGAGUCCAGGAUCCGACUGCGUCUGCCAAAAAACGCACCGAGUACACCGUCCAGCCCCGCACCAGGCACAGAAGCCACACCUCAACGGCAGCGGACUACGAGACACCAGUGCGUCUAGCUGUACCUUCAUCAUCCCGUCAGCAUCUCUCGCCCGUGCACCAGCACCACCCAACUCACCGCCGUACCCCGAGCCCUCUCCCCACAGAUUCCGGCCAUCACAUAGUCUCUGCUUCCCCUCGAAAUCCCGCACAUCGCCGAAUCUACAGCACCGACUAUACGAGCGACACGGGCCAUAUCGACCCACGGAAUGAUGCCAGUCACAGAACUGAUCACAGUUCGCAUCACCCCCGUGUCCAUCCACCGACUCGUCCACGCUAUCCAGCGUAUGACGGUCUGAGGAAAGGUGACGACAUAGAUGACUUUGAUGCCUAUUCAUACACCAAUGCCCGUGAGCAGUUUGACCGGGACUACCCUGUCAAGGCGCGUCAUCGCGGGCCGAGAUACUCGCUCGAUCGACCGCUCAGUAUCACUGGUGCGGAAGACCCCCAGUGGACAGCGCGGAAAGAACGUCAUCAUGGCCCACCUCCGACAUCCUGGGGCCUUGACAAGAUGGGCCGUGAACGGCCGCGAAGCUCAGCGUAUGGCAAGGAUGACCACCGAGAGCCGCACAGAUCGAAGGAUGGAUUCCACGAUCAAGCCCUGGUUGCCGCACCCCAAGACUCUGACGGCGAAUACCCUUCCCGACACGACGAGCGCCGCCGCCGCCGCCGUGCCUAUAAAGCGCGCCACGCGAAUGAUCGGGAGAGCCACUACCCAGAAGACCACCACUCCAAGCCCCAUGACUCUGGCGCCCUCGCUACUAUGGGACUCGGAACAGCGGCCUUGGGAGGCGGAUACUCCGACAUGUCGGACUACGAACACCACCGCCCGUCUCGACAUAAACACAGACGCCCACACGGCGAGCAUGACCGCGAUGCCGUCCAGCCCCCAUCGCGGGAGCUGGUAGAAGCAGUUCCAGCCGAUGAAAGAACCAAGCAGGCCUACCUUGAUCCCGCUGAUGCCCGUCGCCACGGUCGAACGCGACACCACUCCCGUCGGCGGACGCACAGCGAUGAUGGUGACACAUCUGACGAAGAUUUGCGAAACUACAGGCGUGAGCCCGCACGUCACAGACACAGCAUCACCGAUACAGACAGUGACCGUGACCGCGACCGGAGUCGGGGCCACUCGCACCACAGGCGAGACCGAGACCACUCACGCGGAUACCGCUCUUCUCGCUCCUAUCGCACACCGGAGGAUGGUCACGCUAUUGAGCCGCGACGAUCGCCGCCGGUCGACAUGGCUAAAGAUGACCCCAGAAGACUUAUUGCUGUCGAGCCGGCUGCUCCAAAGGAGCCCGACGCUCCUCCCAAGGGAAUUCUCAAGGCUCCACGCCCGGCAUUCCCAGAGGAGCCCAAUCCGGUGAGGGAGGGGGUUGCUCCCCUCAAAGACGCUCAUAAGCAAGGGAUCCCACCCGGAGCUCGGUGGACGAAGAUCGACCGGCGGCUCGUGAAUCCGGAGGCACUGGAAGCGGGCAAUGAGCGGUUUGAGGAGCGGUCGGAUUAUGUGAUUGUGUUGAGGGUUUUGAGCAAGGAGGAGAUCCAGCAAUAUGCUGUGAAGACACAGGAGAUCAGAGACACCCGGCACAAGGAACAGCUACGCGACAGACGUAAGUCCAGAGAUGAGACUCACCGCCACGGCCGCCGGGGCGAAGAGUCUUCUAGUGACGACGAGGACGAGGGCGAGGAAGAGCCCUGGAAGCAGCUCGAGGCGGCCGCUACGCCAACCGCACCGAAGAUAUCCUUGCCGUCGCGCCCACGCGCGUCGACCAACUCAAUGCAUGAGGCUGAAAGGCCUAGAAUGAGUAACCCGUCUGCUGCGCCGGUAUAG